GUGGAGGCUGGCGUCUAGUACAGUCAUCCAAGCCUGUUCGGCGGGAGUGUAAUGGCCAGAGAGAUGACGAUCUUAGGAUCAGCUGUUUUGACUCUCCUGUUGGCUGGCUAUUUGGCACAACAGUAUUUACCAUUGCCUACUCCAAAAGUGAUUGGUAUUGACCUGGGUACCACCUAUUGCUCUGUUGGGGUGUUUUAUCCUGGCACAGGAAAAGUAAAGGUGAUUCCAGAUGAAAAUGGUCAUAUCAGUAUACCCAGCAUGGUGUCCUUUACUGAUAAUGAUGUGUAUGUGGGAUAUGAAAGCUUAGAGCUGGCGGAUUCAAAUCCUCAAAAUACAAUAUAUGAUGCCAAAAGAUUCAUUGGUAAGAUUUUCACCCCAGAAGAGCUGGAGGCUGAAAUUGGCAGAUACCCAUUUAAGGUUUUACACAAAAAUGGGAUGGCAGAAUUUUCUGUGACAAGUAAUGAAACCAUCACCGUUUCCCCAGAGUAUAUUGGCUCCCGACUGUUACUGAAAUUAAAGGAGAUGGCAGAGGAUUAUCUUGGGAUGCAAGUUGCCAAUGCUGUCAUUUCUGUACCAGCAGAGUUUGACCUGAAACAGAGAAAUUCGACAAUUGAGGCUGCCAACCUUGCAGGACUAAAGAUCCUGAGGGUAAUAAACGAGCCCACAGCAGCAGCGAUGGCAUAUGGUCUCCACAAAUCUGAUGUCUUCCAUGUCUUGGUUAUAGACUUGGGUGGAGGAACCCUAGAUGUGUCAUUACUGAACAAACAAGGAGGAAUGUUUCUUACGCGAGCCAUGUCUGGAAACAAUAAACUUGGAGGACAAGACUUCAAUCAAAGGCUGCUUCAGUACUUACAUAAGCAGAUCUAUCAGACGUAUGGCUUCAUCCCCUCUAGGAAAGAGGAAAUCCACAGAUUAAGUCAAGCUGUGGAAAUGGUCAAAUUAAAUCUGACUCUUCAACAGUCUGCCAAGAUGUCAGUAUUACUAACGGUGGAAGAAAAGGACCAAAAGGAACCCCAGCUUAGUGACACUGAGCCGCCCCAGGCUCUCCUUACCCCAGCGGACGGACACAAUGCUAAACUGCUUACUCCUGGCCUUUCUAAAAAGGAGCAUGGGAAAAGUCAGGUCUUGUUUGAAACAGAAAUAUCGCGGAAGCUCUUUGAUACCCUUAAUGAAGAUCUCUUUCAGAAAAUACUUGUGCCAAUCCGACAAGUGUUAAAGGAAGGCCACCUGGACAGGACUGAGAUUGAUGAGGUGGUUUUGGUUGGGGGCUCUACUCGUAUUCCGCGAAUCCGCCAACUCAUUAAGGAGUUCUUUGGGAAGGAUCCCAACACAUCCGUAGACCCCGACCUGGCCGUGGUGACAGGAGUGGCCAUCCAAGCAGGGAUUGAUGGAGGCUCUUGGCCGCUCCAAGUCAGUGCUUUAGAAAUUCCCAAUAAGCAUUUACAAAAAACCAACUUCAACUAAAUGCAGAAGGAAUGGUGAUCAUUUGUUAUCUUUUCUGAUCAUCUCUUCCUGUUAUUGACCACCUCUGCCCAAAAUGCAAGGGUUUCACAGAUUUACUUAGAAAGCAACCUUUCCAUACAGGAGAAUUUUGGCUAAUAUUUUGAUUGAGAAUUGAAUGUGACCGAAUUGAUUCUCUUUAAUCUUGGAGAAGUGUCAUUGUAACAAAUACUUAUCAAGUAAUUAAGAGUUGACUCAAAAUUCUUACCUAGGGAGCACUGGUGGCUAUAUUUUCUAGAUUUUGGAAGAAGGUAACCAUAUGUGCUUAACAUGUUCUGUAAACCCUAAAGAGUGCCAAUGAUAAGGUUCUCCAUUCUUACUUAAUUGUAUUAGUAAGAGCUGGUAAUGUGACCUGUACUUGUAGGACAGUGUUGAUGUGAUGUAUUUACAUUGGCUGGGAGAGAGCAGUAUUAAGCUGCAUAUCCAAGACUCAGUAACUGCCAUGUUACAAAGUUAAUGUGACAAAUUCAGUAUCGGAUUACAUGAUGCAUUCCUGUAGUCUACAUUCUCCAGAUUAAUUUAUUUCAGUAGAUCAGUUUAUUCUGUUUCUAAGAUAGCUAUUAAUUUAUUCAAAUUUCUCUAUGCCAGCUAGUGGAAACCCUAAUUUGUAUUACAGUUCCUUCAUCUCCUGUGCAUCAUUCUUUGCUUGGAUUUCCAUAGUUCUGUCUAGUUAGAAAACAGUGGGGGAAUAUUAAUUACAUUUAAUGUGUUAAUGUCAUAUAAAAGCCAUUGCAAUUUUGUUAUCCAUAACCUUUGCAACAUUAGUUACCUAAUAUUUUUGUUUUGUGUUUUGUUUUUGUUUUUGCCAGUCCUGGGGCUUGAACUUAGGGCC